AUGUUCAACAAAAAUUAUUGUUUCGUUUUUCUUUGCGGUUAUUUAACAUUUUGCGAUGCUGCCUUUGUGGAGACGUUAGGCAAAUGUCAGCCCGAAGAUUGGGAUUGCCUUAAGAAAGUUAUAAAGAGCGUGCUCGAGGGUAUAGCUACCACAGGUAUCCCAGAAUACGAUAUACCACCCAUUGAUCCAUUCAAACUGACCAAUCUAAAGCUUAACUUCAUGGACAUGGCGGAACUGACUGUCAAAGAAGGAGUCAUCAAGGGUCUUAAGAAUUGCGAAGUUACUGAUGCAAAGUUACACAUGGACAAGGGAACUGGCGUAUUAAAACUAUUAUGCGACCUAUCUGCGAAGGGUAAAUAUGAAGUGACUGGGUCUGGCACAGCCUUAAAAGACCUAUUCGGACCCGGCGCUUUAAAGGGCAGCGGAAACGCUAAGCUUAAAAUUGAUAAAAUUUUGAUUACUUACAAAAUUAAAUUCGAAGUGGUGAAACGUGAUGGAAAGAUUUACCUGACCCACGAAAAGGAUUCGACCUCAUACGAUUUUGAUUUACAAGGGCCCAGUCACCUCACGAUCGACCAAUUAUACAUUGGUGACGUAGAAGCAAGUAAAUUAAUCAUGGACUACUACAAUCAAAAUUACAAAACAAUAUGGCAAUCUUUUGGAAAAUCAACGUUAGUAACGGCAACUGAUAUAGCGUAUGAGAUGCUAUAUAAAUUCUUUGGAAAUGUUGAAGCUGAAAAGUAUCUAGCGGGGGAUCUCAGCAAAUAUGUUAAGAAUUAA